CGCCGGCUCUGUCUUCGCUGUGACAACAUCACCACACCUCAGCUCUGUAAGUUUAGCUAGCUACCUUCCCUCUAACAGAGAGCCUUGUCAAUCUGUUAGCUAGCUACCUUGCCUCUAACAGAGAGCCUUGUCAAUCUGUUAGCUAGCUACCUUGCCUCUAACAGAGAGCCUUGUCAAUCUGUUAGCUAGCUACCUUGCCUCUAACAGAGAGCCUUGUCAAUCUGUUAGCUAGCUACCUUGCCUCUAACAGAGAGCCUUGUCAAUCUGUUAGCUCGCUACCUUGCCUGUAACAGAGAGCUUUGUUAAUCUGUUAGCUAGCUACCUUCCCUGUAACAGAGAGCUUUGUUAAUCUGUUAGCGAGCUACCCUCCCUGUAACAACAAUCCUAGUUCAUCUUGCUUUGGAGAGACUAGAGGGUGAAGAGAUCCUUCUGGAAAAUGGACACAGACAAUCUGGAGUGGUACACUAAGAACGAUGCCGACGUGAAGAUAAAGAUGUCCCAGGUGAAACAGGUGGGCCUGCUGGCUGCCGGGUGCCAACCCUGGAACAAAGACGUGUGUGCUGCCAGUGAAGACCGGUUCGCUUACUGUGCAACACUUGCUAUAUAUGUCUACCAGUUGGACCACAGAUACAAUGAGUUCAAGCUUCGAGCCAUCAUGUCAGAGCACAAGAAGACCAUCACGGCCAUAUCGUGGUGCCCACACAACCCCGAGGUGUUUGCCAGCGCCAGCGCUGACAACCUGCUCAUCAUCUGGAACGUGGCAGAGCAGAAGAUUGUGGCCAGGCUGGAUAACACCAAAGGCAUCCCAGCGUCUCUGAGCUGGUGCUGGAACGCAGGUGACGGCGUGGCGUUUGUGUCCCAUCGGGGCCCUCUCUAUCUGUGGGCCAUCAGCGGGCUGGACGCCGGCGUCACCAUCCACAAGGAGGCACACAGCUUCCUGUCCGACAUCUGUCUGUUCCGCUGGCACCCCGUCAAGAAGGGCAAGGUGGUGUUUGGACACACGGACGGGAGCCUCUCCAUCUUCCAGCCAGGAUCUAAAAACCAGAAGCACGUGUUGCGCCCGGAGUCUUUAGAGGGGACGGACGAGGAGGACCCGGUCACAGCGUUGGAGUGGGAUCCACUGUCUACAGACUACCUCCUAGUGGCCAACCUGCAUAAUGGCAUCCGAAUGGUCGACUCAGAGGGGCUCACCUGUGUCACUACCUUCAGCUUCCCCAGUUCAGCUGCCUCUGUACAGUGUCUGGCCUGGGUUCCCAGUGCACCCGGCAUGUUCAUCACUGGAGAUUCUCAAGUCGGUGUGUUGAGGAUAUGGAACGUGUCCAGAUCUACACCGCUGGACAACUUUAAACUGAAGAAGACCGGCUUCCAUGCUUUACAUGUGUUAAACUCUCCCCCAGCCAAGAAAUCCUUGAGCUCCAUCUCCCUGACAAAGAACCACUACACAUCAUCCACCAGUGAGGCUGUUCCUCCUCCUACUCUAUCCCAGAACCAGGCCUUCUCCCUCCCCCCGGGCCACGCUGUCUGCUGCUUCGUGGAUGGAGGGGUGGGGCUCUACGACAUGGGAGCCAAGAAGUGGGACUUCCUACGAGACCUGGGUCAUGUUGAGACCAUAUUUGACUGUAAAUUCAAGCCAGACGACCCCAACCUGUUGGCGACAGCCUCGUUUGACGGGACCAUUAAGGUGUGGGACAUCAACACCCUCACGGCAGUUAAUACGUCUCCCGGCAACGAGGGUGUGGUCUACUCCCUGUCCUGGGCUCCUGGAGACCUGAACUGCAUAGCCGGAGCCACGUCCCGGAACGGUGCAUUCAUCUGGGAUGUGAAGAAAGGCAAGAUGAUCACGCGAUUCAAUGAGCAUGGGAAUCAUGGUAUCUUCUGUAUCGCAUGGAGCCAUAAGGACUCUAAAAGAAUAGCCACAUGUAGUGGCGACGGCUUUUGCAUCAUUAGGACCAUCGACGGCAGGGUCUUACACAAGUACAAACACCCUGCUGCUGUGUUUGGUUGUGACUGGAGCCAGAACAACAAAGACAUGAUAGCCACGGGCUGUGAGGAUAAAAACGUGCGUGUGUACUACCUGGCCACCAGUUCUGACCAGCCACUCAAGGUGUUCACGGGUCACCUGGCCAAGGUGUUCCACGUGCGCUGGUCUCCUCUCCGAGAGGGUAUUCUCUGCAGUGGCUCAGAUGACGGGACUGUGCGUAUCUGGGAUUAUACCCAGGACGCCUGUAUCAACGUGCUGAGUGGUCACAAGGCUCCGGUCCGAGGCCUGAUGUGGAACACGGAGGUGCCCUACCUGCUGACCAGCGGCAGCUGGGACUAUACCAUUAAAGUCUGGGACACCAGGGACGGAACCUGCCUGGACACCUGCUACGACCAUGGCGCUGAUGUUUAUGGCCUGACUUGCCACCCCAGCCGUCCGUUCACCAUGGCCUCAUGUUCCCGGGACUCUACGGUCAGGUUGUGGUCCCUCACUCCGCUCAUCGCUCCGCUCCUGGUCAACGUCCUGGCUGACCACAGCUGGGAUGACAUCAUCGGCAACACGGAUAGGGCCAUGGUACCUGGUGCUACCCCUCUGCUCUGUGGGAAGGUGUCCAGAGACAUCAAGCAGGAGCUGGAUAAACUCUCCAGUGAAGUGCGGGUGAAGAAACUCAGGUUGUUCUCUGAAUGUUUCUCUCCACCAGGGGGCAGUCAUAACCUGUGGGACCUGGUGUCAGUGAUCAACGGGCAGGACGACAGUCUGCUUCCCCAGAGCUACGGCAAAGGUGUCAUGCACAUGAAACACUUGGUCCGCUUCAAAACCUCUGAGGCCCAGGAAUUGACCAUAGUGAAGAUGUCUAAGUUCGGCGGGGGGAUCGGGGCUCCCAGUAAAGAGGAGAGACUGAGAGACGCAGCAGAGAUCCAUCUAAGACUGGGGCAGAUCCAGAGAUACUGUGAACUCAUGGUGGAACUGGGAGAGUGGGACAAGGCAUUGUCAGUUGCCCCUGGUGUAUCCAUAAAGUAUUGGAAGAAACUCAUGCAACGAAGAGCCGACCAGCUGAUGCAGGAAGAAAACCACGAUGUCAUCCCGUACUGCAUCGCCACGGGAGACGUGAGGAAGCUGGUCAGCUUCUUUACUGCCAGGGGUCAACUGAACGAAGCGCUGCUAGUGGCUCAGGGAGCUUGUGAAGGCAACAUCCACGUGCCUCAGACCGCCGUAAUCAACCAUACAACCACUACAGACAGCGACGACAUACAGGCAUAUAACGGGCUACUGCACUGUGCAUGUAAGGAGCUAGCAGAGUGGUAUUUCCAAGAUGGCCGUGCUGUGCUGGCGGCCUGCUGUCACCUGGCUGUGGACAACACUGAGCUAGCCAUGGCCAGUCUGAUCCGGGGUAAUGAGCUGGAGCUGGCUGUGUGUGUAGGGCUGGUGUUGGGAGAAUCUGCCAAUCAGGCCACUCACUACGUCCUGGAGCUACUAGCCAGGAAGUUCAUGACCGCACCCACCUGCUUUCCAUCAGUUGGAAGCAGGGACCUGGCGGCUGACCUUCUCCAGAUGAUCCCAGACAACGAGGUCCUGCUGGCCAAGCUGUGUGCCUUCUACCCUGGGAGCUCCUCGGAGAUAGACCAAAUCCAUGAAAAAUGUGGUCUUCCCAGUCUGGAGGAGUGUCAGGGGUUAGCUGAGUCUGCUGUCAGCGAGGGAGACAUUUUCAACGCUGUCAAGUACUAUCUAAUGAGUCCAGAACCCGAGGCAGCCCUGCUUGUUGGCAUCGCCCACGUCAAAGAUCAGCUGAGUGAUUCUGACUGGACCGUAGACUCUGUCCAUCCUAUCCUGGACCUUCUGGGUUACAUUAGAACGGACCGGCUCAUACUUGCCAAGUUCACUGAAGCUCGAAGUGAGCUGCUUAUCCUAUCUGGAUACAUCGGUGCACUGUUGGCCAUCAGAAGACAGUACUCCAGCAUUGUUCCUGCACUUUACGAGUACACCAGUCAGUUGAUGAAGAGGAGAGAGGUGUCUGUUCCCUUACAGAUAGAGCAACUCUCUGUAGAGCUGGAGGCAUGGAUGGCCUGCACGCAGUCUCUCAUCAACUCCAGGGGUCCUGAUGAGGCUCCCUACACCCCUCCGUCAGAGGCCCAGAAGGCAGAGCACGCCCGUCUGCUAGACAGGCUCCAGGAGGAGCCACUCAGGGGCCUGGAGGGGCCCGACUAUGUCACAGGCUCCAACCUGCCCAGCCACUCUGACGUCCAGGUCUCCUGCUUUACCGGACUCAGGAUCCAGGGCCCUGUGUUUUUCCUUGAGGACGGUAAAUCGGCCAUAUCAUUGAACGACGCCCUUAUGUGGGCCAAAGUGAACCCUUUCUCACCUCUGGGGACGGGUGUCCGUCUCAACCCCUUCUAAGAGCCAGCCUCGCCAACGAGGAUGGGCUACAGGACUAAUAGCAUUUGAUUGGUCAGCCUCCGAGGCCAAGGUCACACGACGGUAAAAGGGCGACGUCAGGACCGACACCUGCUCUUCCUGAGAGAAAGAAGGAAGAAGGGAUGGACGUUCCAGAAGGAAAGAAGAGAGAUGGGAGGAAGGAUGCUUCAAAUGCCUUCUCUCCACUAUGUGCUUUUUCUAUGUGGUUUUACAAUGUGUGCAGCACAAGUCAUCCAGUCAUCAGUGUUACAGCUUCUCACAGAAAACGUGUUGCCGUACUUAGACACGGACAAAGAGUUUCUAUGUAGGAGCGAGACCAUUCUAGUACGGCUGUCUGGUUUUAGACACACUGUCACAUGCACAUCACUACACAGACAAGUCGACGAGCUAUGUGAUUGUUAUUGUGCUCAUGGUCAUAGCACCAGCCUCAUUUGAUUGGUGAACACCAUAUUUGUGUUGUAUUGCUGUUGGUUUAACGUUGCGCAAUGUUGCAUCAUCCUUUCUGUCUGCUACAGGAACCAGCCCGCACACAUACAUGCACAAGAGCAAAAGCGGUUGGUGAUGUCGGCUUACAGUGGUAGUUGAAUGAAAGCAAACAAAUACAGAGAAACGUACCCGUUAGCUUUUUAUUUAGCUUAGCAUCAAUCAGUCAAAUAAUUGAUGUAGGACGUGAUUGCGUUCGCAUUAAAACAGCUUAGCAGCA